AAAUACACAGUUCUUUCAAAAGUCCCAACUACUACUUCUACUAUCAAACACCCUUCCCCAACCCACCCAAAAUUCUGCUUCCACUGAUGAUGGGGGCAAAAAAGCUGCAUAUUUUCCUUUUAACUUCCUUAUUUCUCGCCCUUUCCAUCACAGGCAACAGUUCUGCUGAAAAACUUGUACCCGAAUCCUACACGGGUCGACCCGAAUUGGAUGAACUCACUUCCAAGAUUCAGUCACUUGAAUUACUUGUUGAGAAAAAGAAUCACGAGUUGAAAAAUAAAGAUGAGAUAGUUAGUGAAAAGGACAAGGCAAUUCAAGAAAAAGAGAAGAUUGUUAAAGAGAAAUUGGAUAGUAUUGAAUCAUUACGAAAUGAGUUAGCUUCUAUUGAGGUUAAAGGGUCAUUAGAUGGUAAUGAAGAGGUUAAUAAGGCGCAAACACGUGUUCAUGAGUUGGAGAAUCAGGUGGAAAAACUUCAGCUGGAGUUGAAGUUAAAGAAUAACUUAAGGGAGGCCUUGGAAACCCGAACGAAAGAUUUGGAGAAGAAAGUGGCUGAUUUAAACCCAAAGCUUCACGAUCUUCAACAAGUUGUUGAUAAACAGAAGACAAAACUUCGCAAAACUGAACGUGCUCUUGCGAUCGCUGAGGAGGAACUUAAAAAGGCUAAAUUUGAAGCAACAUCAAAGAUUAAAGAAUUGACAGAGGUUCAUCGUGCAUGGCUUCCACCUUGGCUUGCAGCUCAUUUGGUUGGAUUUCAGUCUUAUGCGGAAAGCCAUUGGAAAGAGCAUGGAAAACCUGCGUAUGAGUCACUUAAGCACAAGGUGUUGGAGAAAAACGCACAGGCUAAAAAGUGGGCUGAACCGCAUGUGGAGACAAUCAUAACUAAAUGGGUUCCAGCUGCCAGGGAACAAUGGGAGUUGGUCAUAACCAAUGUUGAACCACAACUGCAAUCACUGACCAAAAAGACCAAAACGGUUUAUCUUCAAUCUAAGGACGCUUUAGAUCCACAUAUUGUCAAAAUUAAGCAAGUUGUAGACCCUCACUUUCAGAGUGUCAAGAAGGUCUGUAAUCCAUACAUUGAUCAAAUUGCCACCGCAACAAAGCCUCAUCUUGAUAAAGCACAGGAAAUUAUGGCUCCUUACACGAAGGAGGCAGUUGUAGCUUAUGGGAAGUUUCUAGAAUCUGCAACAAAGUACCAUGAUCAGGUUCAAGGCAUCGUUGAAGAAUCACUGAAAAAGCAUGACAUUAGCAAAGCUUUUGCGACAAAGGAGUUGGUGUGGUUUGCUGCCUCUGCGUUGUUGAUACUGCCUACAAUCAUCCUGUUCAAAGUUCUGUCAGCAAUCUUUUUUAAAAAGGCUAAAAGACCAACUCCGACUCCUAACCAACCACGUCGAAAGGCUAAACGUGCUCAUCCCGACAAGUAGCAGUAAUACACGCAUGACGAAUGGUUUUCUUUAAACAUGAAUUAUAAGAUAAAAAUGAUACGCGCUUCACGUCUGCUGCAUGGAGAGAUUUACACGUGCCUGUCUUGUAAGGAUGUUGUAUGUAUGUAAUGCAUAGAAGAGACCAAAAAAGGUAGAAUAGUGGUGUACGAUAGAGGGUGUGUUAAUAGUCAUUGUGCAUGUGUUUGUAAGGUUAUUAUUUUCUGGUCAAUAUGGGUUUUUUAAGGUGAUUGAUUCCUUUCACUCUGAAUGUAAUUGUAUUUAUAUGUGUUGGUGAUUCAUAUAUUCGUAUGUUACACGUA